AUGGUCCACCUGAAAGAGGAAGGGGCAAGCUACUACAUGGCAGGACUCAGUGGUGGAUUAGAUUCGAUGGAACAGAAGAGGCCAUCUGUCCAGGAAGCGCAUCUCAGCAGUGAAAUGCAACUUGCCGUCAACUACAUGUUACUGAGCGCCUGCUUCUUGGUUAAGACAACAUUCUUUAACCUGAACAUCAUUGACCAAGUGGACCAGAUACCACGUGGAAAGGUAACGAGUGGACAUAGAGCCUACCAGCUGUAA